CUGGACAUCUAAAUGAAACACAUUUGAGGAUCGAGUAAAUAAUUGUACUUUGUAGGCGUCUAUUAUUGAAUUCACCCGACCGACAGUACAAUAUUUGAUUCUUCAGGAGCCAUUUGUAUAGAAUUGGUAAUUCCAAGGCUAAUAUGCAAUAGUCUCCACGUGACGAGCUCGUGCACUGGAAAGAGUUAAAAACACAGUAUAAAAGCCCUCAUCAUCUUCAUGACUUGAAGUCCCGAACCCUAAACGGCAGAGCUGCCCGACAGGUUGUAUUCCCGGUCUCUUCUGCGCCUCCAAGUCAACCACCCUCUUCUCCCUUUUCUUCAUUACGAAAAAAUGAAUUUUGGGCCUAUUGGCGUAUUAUGUGCUAACUGUUUUAUCAUCUUCUGGUCUUAUUUUCGCAGGUAAACACUGAAAGCUCAUCGGGAUUAAGGCGAGGUUGCCCAGUCGAAAAUGUCUCCAGCUAAAGUUGAUUCAACAAAAAAACGGGACCCGAAGUCCCAGGCUGAGAAGACUGCCAAGGCUAUCAAGUCUGGUUCCGCCACAUUUAAGAAGAAGGGCAAGAAAAUCAGGACUAAAGUUACCUUUCAUAGGCCGAAGACAUUGAAGAAGGAUAGGAACCCGAAAUAUCCUAGAAUCAGUGCUCCGCCCAGGAACAAACUUGAUCAAUAUCAGAUUCUCAAGUAUCCUCUCACUACCGAGUCUGCAAUGAAGAAAAUUGAAGACAACAACACCCUUGUUUUCAUUGUGGACAUUCGUGCUAAUAAAAGGAAGAUCAAGGAUGCUGUCAAGCAAAUGUAUGAUAUCCAGACCAAGAAAGUUAAUACUUUGAUCAGGUAAGGUUAUUUUAUUUCAUUUUUUACAUGUUUGAUUGCCAAGAUAUUCAUUUUCGAUUGGACUUGUUCCCCUUCCCCUGGAGUGCAAGCAUGGAAAAACAAAAUUCAGCACAGUAAAAAAAUUGGAUUUUUGCUAGUUUAGGAUGAGAUAGUUUAUUGUACUACGAUGUGAAUAAUGCUGAAGUAUAUGUAGUUGAAAAUGUCAUUAUUCACCGUCCUCAAGUUUUAGUAGUUGUAGCUCCAUUGAUAACUGUGACAGUGUACCAACUAAUCUGUUUGCUUGCACUUUCGACUAGAAACUUAUGUCAUUGUUAAGGUCUUCUAUGGAGACACUUUCACGUUCAUUUUAUUUAAUUAAGAGGGAUAGGUGUCAAAGGCAUUUGAGAUUAUUGGUCACUUUAUUUGUACUACAAACAAGAAGCGCGAAGAUAUAUCUGUGCACAGAUGAAUGGUUAGGAAUCAAAUUCGUGUCCUGCUCCCUUUUUUGUUUCUAUUUAUUCAACAUGAGGCAACUGACCGUCUGGUUUCGGCAGAUAAUAUUGCAUAUUAAUGUGGUUGCAUCUGUUUUCAUCGGUUCUUGUUUUUUCAUCUCAGGCCUGACGGAACCAAAAAGGCUUAUGUGCGGUUGACGCCUGACUAUGAUGCGCUGGAUGUGGCCAACAAAAUAGGGAUAAUCUAAUAAGCAAAUUUUGAAUUUCUCUGUAUCGUUUACGCUUGGUUUUUCUUCCAAACUUGGAAAUAUUUUACAUCUGAGUUAGUACUGAAACAAAGGAGUCUGCCUUUUAAUUCCUAAUUUCAGUAAUUCUAAGCUUCAGCUAUGUUCAUUUUCAGCUCUAUAUUUUAUCAGUACCUUUAUUGUGUUUCUGUAGAAGGAUGAGUGAUCGAUGCUAUGUAAUCAAUCAAUUUGGGUAAUCUAUGUAAUCAAUUCCAUGUCGUGAAUUCCUAUCAUCUGCUUAAGUAAAAAUCUCAAGGCUGUGAUUAUCUCAAUUCUUUCGGAGUGUCUCUUAUCUCCACUGACGAAUACAUGAAUCUGGUUUUUUAUUUCAAUCCAACUGCAGCCUGGUACCCUACUCAUGCCUUUCUCCAUCAUUUCAUCCCUUAGCGCAGACACACUAUGCCAUCUUCCUGAAGCUGAGUAUGCAUUUGAAAGCAUAACAAAUGAUGCAACAUCACCAGGUUCCAGUGCUCUUAUCUUUUCAGCUGCAUACGAUCCCAGUUCUACAUUUGAAUGAACGUGGCAUCCUCCCAGGAUAGCCUUCCAAAAUCCAAUGCCUGGGUCGAAAGGCAAAUCAGCCAUAAAAUUAACAGCUUCUUGGAACCGUCCAGACCGUGAGAAUAGACCUACAAUGCAAGCAUAAUGCUCUGCCUUGAUCAUGCUGGGUUCCUCAAGUCUAACCUGAUUGAAAUACGAAUAACCUUCAUCAACAAGCCCAACGUGAUUACACGCCAGAAGCAAACCAAGAAGGGUAACACCAUUGGGUGGAAAACCAUUUGAUUUCAUUUUCUGAAACAUAUCUAGAGCUUCAUUAGCCAUUCCGUUUUGCGCAAGACCACAUACCACAGCAUUCCAAGAGACAACAUUCUUUUGUGGAAGUUUACGGAAGGCUAGAAGACUGUCCUCCAUACACCCACAUUUAGCAUAAAAGCUAAUCAGUGAAUUACCAACGAAUAUACUAACCCUUCCCAAGAACUUCACAGCACAAGCAUGUAUGCUUCUCCCUAUCCCAAGUGCAGCUACAUUUGCAGCUGCUAUGAUAGCACAAGGAAAAGUUGCAUCACUAGGCACAUAUCCUUCUCUCAACAUCAGGGCAAAAAGACCAACGGCUUCUUCAUUUUUCCCCGUCUGGCCGCACCCACUGAUCAUGGCAUUCCAAGAAACCACAUUUCUCUUGGGCAUUUUGUUGAACAGCGACAUAGCUUCAUCGAACCUCUCUUCUUUAAGGUACCCAUUGAUCAAAGCUGUGCAACUAAAAACAUUUGUCUGAUCAUUAUCCUUAAAAACCUUCUGGGCCUCCUCAAUGUUUCUUAAUUUUACAUAAAGAUCAACAAGCGCACCACCCACAAACACGUUCGAGUACAGCCCCAUUUUCACUGCAGACGCGUGAAAUUGCUUGCCCAGAGCAAGGUCUUUCAGAACAACAGACGAGUGAAUCACCGUGCCAAAAGUGAAGUCAUUGGGUCUAAUAUUCCGCUCCACCAUUCUCGAGAAGAGAAGCGCAGCUUCCUUAUGGUAGUUCUGUUUAGCCAACUGGCCAAUCAGAGAAGUAGCGGAUACAACAUCGCAGUGAGGCAUUUCAUCAAACACUUGAAGUGCAUCCGAUAAUACACUUGACCUGCAGGCCAAAUCUCCGCCGUCCAGUUCAACGGCGAAGCCUCGAAAUUCUGGGGCAUGAGGACGGGCUGUUUGGACAGCAGUUAGAUGCCUUGUGAUUAUAAUGGCGGCUCGGAUGGUUCUGGGAAAUUUGGCAAAUUGCAGAAGAAUGGAGGGUAGUAAAGAGCAUGUGAGUUUCAUCAUGAUCUUAAACUUCUAAGCUUCAUUUUUAUGAUUUUUAAUUGGACAACUUGCGUAUGUACAAUCCCAAAUAAUCUAACCUUAAUUAAGAUUCUGAGAUCACAGCUAGGUUGCUAAACGCGUUUGUUCUUGGGUAUGAAAGAAUUUUCUGUUUGUUUCUGGUUUUUGGGACUUGGGAGCUUGCCUUCCCCUUCGCU